ACGUGACGCGCGGCCCCGCCCCCGCCCGCGGCCGCGCGGCGUCGCCGUCCGGGUAUUUGAACGGCGCUUCCGCCAUUUUCCCUGCGCCCGGCACGGAGCUAGGAGCGGGAGAGCCUCGGCAGAGAGCCAGCAUGGCCGCCCAAGGAGAGCCCCAAGUGCAGUUUAAGCUUGUUCUGGUUGGUGAUGGUGGCACUGGUAAAACAACAUUUGUAAAGCGUCACUUGACUGGUGAAUUUGAAAAGAAGUAUGUAGCAACGCUGGGUGUUGAAGUUCAUCCUCUGGUGUUCCAUACUAACAGAGGCCCUAUUAAAUUUAAUGUAUGGGACACAGCUGGCCAGGAGAAGUUUGGUGGCCUGCGUGAUGGCUACUAUAUCCAAGCUCAGUGUGCCAUCAUCAUGUUUGAUGUAACAUCAAGAGUUACUUACAAGAAUGUACCUAAUUGGCAUAGAGAUCUGGUACGAGUAUGUGAAAAUAUCCCUAUAGUCUUGUGUGGCAACAAGGUGGAUAUUAAGGACAGAAAAGUCAAGGCAAAAUCCAUUGUGUUCCAUAGGAAGAAGAAUCUCCAGUAUUAUGACAUUUCAGCCAAGAGUAACUACAACUUUGAGAAGCCUUUCCUGUGGCUUGCUAGGAAGCUAAUUGGAGAUCCCAACUUGGAGUUUGUUGCCAUGCCUGCGCUCGCACCUCCUGAAGUUGUUAUGGACCCAGCACUGGCAGCACAGUACGAGCAGGACUUACAGAUUGCUCAGACCACUGCACUGCCAGAUGAAGAUGAUGACCUGUGAGGGAUGAAGCUGGAGCCCAGCGUCAGAAGUCUAGUUUUAUAGGCAACUGUCCUGUGAUGUUGGUGAUGCAGCGUGUUUGCCACUUUAUUAUCUAGCUGAACAGAACAUGUGCUUAAUCUUUGGGAUGCUGAAAGAGAUGAAUGGGCUUCGGAGAGUGAAUGUGGCAGUUUAAAAAAAACAAACAAAACAAAAUGAAAAAAAAAAACCAAAACAAAAAAACCUUCAUAUUUUGGACCUGCAUAUUUAGCUGUUUUUUGGACUGCAAUUACUUCCCCUUUUGAGUUUCAAAUACAAGACUGCUGCAGUCACAUCAGAGUGUUAAGUGGAAAAUCUUGUUUCUGUCAUUCCCAUUCUUUUGUUUAGGUAAUAAAGUUGUAUUUCAAGUAUCUCCAA